AUGGCCGCCAGCAACCCUCAAGCUUUCUACAAUCUCUGGCAGGCCGAUGCCAUCCGCGAGCGUCUUUUCGAGCUUCUUUCCAAGAAAGACAUCUGCGCCAUCCGGCUAGCAAACUCGGCCUGCUGCAACCUCGUCACCAAGCGCCUGUUCCUGCGCACAACCUUAACCUUCACGGCCAACUCCUUUACCCGUCCCAGCCGGAUAGAUGCCCUCUCUAGGGUAGGACAUCACAUCGAGCAUCUGACGUUCUACUUCCCCCAUUCUAAUGCGACCUUCCUCCCUCCAUUGGUACACCCGCGCACGGGGGAGGAGAUCUCCUUCCUCUACAACCCCGUGACAUCCCUCGAAUCGUCUCUCACAAGGCCGAAAUAUGCCAACGACGAGCUGGCCGAAAUCCUGACGCAGCAAUAUUCGCCCCUCUUCCACGCCGCGACACAUGUCCCCUCCUUCAUCUCAGCCUUCUCCCAGCUGCCGAACCUAAGGCACUUGACAGUCAGGACGCCAGGGCAGGAUCCAAGCGAGAGGUACCGUCGCGACAUUGUUGACUAUGCCCUCAUCAGCCUGCGCAUCGCCGUCGAGCGUGCGCCGCUCACAAAGCUGAGUAAACUCUCCCUCUCCGGGGUGCAUCCUUCGGCACUGCACUACCUGCGCCACGCCCCCGGCGGGGGGAUGGGCACGUUGCCCUCCGCAGCCCAGCGCUGGCGGCAGAUCAGGAAGUUGUAUAUCUCUAUCGAGGCGUGGGACUUCUACGGUCCGUGUCCGGGACUGGACCAGUUGAAGAUCAUUGAUGAUUUUAUCAGGGCGUUUGCGGCGGGUUUGGAGAAGUUUUCUUUCUCUUGGCUCGGUAGGAGGGGCCCGUGUCCGCUGGCGCUGGCGAACGAUCCCUUAUUUGCGCCGCCUAGGAGCUCGAGGAAAUUGUUUGCUGAGGUAACCAGUCCGAUGUCGCCUCUGCCAGUGAGACCGCCAAGGGCGAUGAUUGUUAUGCCUAAAUUGAGGUACAUGUGCGUGAAGAAUGCGACGAUGAAUGUGGAGCAGUUGAGGGGGCUGGUUGCUGCGCAUAAAGGGACGGUGAGGGAGUUUGAUUUUGACAAUGUUGCACUGAUCAAGGGCGGCAGUUGGGAUGAGGCUUUGGCACCCCUUACUGAGGGAGGGAAAGUCGAAUGUGAGGGGUCGCCGAUGGCUAAGGAGGUGUGGUCCAGGAGGUCGGUGCUUAGCAUCGAUGACAGGCCGCUCACGUCGAAGUCGAAUUCAGCGAGUUUGGUGUCAAGCUCGGAGGAUGAGGAGAUCCCUACGCCGUCGGCAGCUGCCCAGGCGGCUAGCAGGGAGCUGUUUGAGGUUGAUGUAAUUGAGGGGAUGCUGUUUGGAGGACUGAAUGAUGUUGAAAAAUUUGAACAAGAUGUGGAGGCAUGGGCGAGGGAGGUUACUGCUGCUGCUGCUGCUGCUGCUGCUGCUAAACCCAAGACGCCCGAAAAGAAGGCUGCUGAGGUUGAUGAUGGUGGUCUGGCGUCAGAUAUUGAGGCAGCGCGGUUGGCUAGUGAGAGCUUUACUACCAAACUCAAGAAGCGCCGCGUGCGCAAGAAGAGAAGUAACGAGGGAGAGCAGAAGCCAGAAUCGGGCACUAUCACAGAGCAGAAAGAGGUUCGCGAAGAGCCCAAGAGCGGUCACCACGGCAAGGAGCCCCGCCAUCACCAUCGCUCUCACCACAAACACUCCCGCAGCGACGAUACCAGCGACCGCAUCUCGCGUAGACACCAUCGUCGUCACAGGAGGCACUGCUCCGAGGAUACAACCGCCAGUGUCCCCGUCGCUCUGGAAAUCUCUGUUCCCGAGAAGCUGCCCACUCCCAACGCGAGCCCCAAACACACCGUCACCCCUCACUUCUCACCUUCCAAGCAUCGGCCUACCACUCCGGAACUCACACCCCCCGCACCAGAAGACGAGCGCAUCAGCAUCCCGAUUCUUAGUCCCGAUGCACUGCCUGUUCUUCUCCAACCUACGGUCUAUGACCCCUCUGCUCCCGGAAAGCAUCGUCAUCGCAAUCCUGUGCUGCCCCCUACCCCCGAAGAGUCUCCCUCUGCAGCUUCCAUCCCUGAGGACGAGAAAAACGAGGCUGCUGCCCGAGCUUCGGCUCUGCAACGCGCCAAAGAGGCUGUUAUGACCAAGCUCUCUAAGGAGUACACCCAUCGGGCCAAGGAGAAGCAAGAAAGCGAGUGGACAGCAUCUGCAGCUGUGCAAGCCAGCCUGAGCGCCUUGAAUCUGGGCGUCAAGACGUCUGCUGAAUCAGGGAGUUUCCUGUCUGGGGAUUUGGACUGGGAAAAGUACGGGCAUGGAUUGACGCACACGGGGUCGUCGGGGAGUAUUGGGAGUCGGUUGAAGGAGGGAUUGUUUGGACGGAGUUUGGCGAGUGUGGCUGCUGCCGCUGCUGUGUGCCAUCAUGGGAAUAGUUGGGUGUCGGAUGUGAGGGGGAGUGUUGAGAGUCAGAGCGCGUUGGUGCCGUUGAUAUUUAGUCGGUCGUGA